AUGCUGUGGGAGUGUUGAUAUUUUCCAGUCAGUCCGGCUGACUGCGGCCAGGUUUGAAGCCUGGCAGGGAGUCGUUUUCAGAUUGUCGCGCCUGGGGCCGGCCGCACUGUGCUGUCAUAGUACCCCCGCCUGUGAGUCAGAGCCUCGGGGAGAGAAGAGCGCGACAGGACGGUCGAGGGAAGAAAGGCAAGGAACGAGAGUGCAGACUUUGACUGAAAUCUGAGACGGAGGGCACGGGAGGGCGAUCGCUAGCUUCUGAUUGGCCCGUGGGCAUCAUCGUAGACCCACGCAACUGCCUCGAUUGGUUGGUGUCUGCAAUUGUUUUGGCGGCGGCGAAGAUUUUGCCCACGUACUUCCGAACGAGAGGCGGGACUGUGCCCUGGCGCGCGUGCGCAGCGCCCCGGGGCCCCACCCUGUAGUUCAAGAACCUGCGAGGGGGCGGGGCGAAGAGGUGCUUGUUUUGGUUCUGUUUCCUUUGAAGCGGCAGGCCGGAACGAGCGAGCAUAGCAGUAAACUUGUUGGACUUGGAGAAAAGGCUACGACAAACUCGCCGCGGUGCCAUCAUCUAGGACUUCACAUCCGGGUUCUCCUGCCCCGUGACCUGCGCGCCACCGACGGUUCUCGAACCGGUGCCUCAAUCUCUUUAUCCGGGUCCCGCCGAUCCCGUCGUGCUUCGCGCACCAGAGUAGCCCCCUCAUCCGGGUUCUAUCCCAGCGUGCCUCGCGCCGGGUUUGCUGGGGGGUACUUGGCGGUGCCGCCAUGACUAUUCUCCCCAAAAAGAAGCCGCCGCCUCCCGACGCCGACCCCGCCAACGAACCGCCGCCGCCCGGGCCGCUGCCCCCGGCGCCGCGUCGCGGCGGGGGUGUGGGCGUGGGCGGCGGCGGCACGGGUGUGGGCGGUGGCGACCGCGACCGUGACUCGGGAGUCGUGGGGCCCCGUUCCCGGGCCUCACCACCGCCUCAGGGCCCGCUACCGGGGCCGCCGGGAGCGCUUCACCGCUGGGCGCUGGCCGUGCCGCCUGGCGCCGUGGCGGGUCCGCGACCACAGCAGGCCUCUCCUCCUCCUUGCGGGGGCCCUGUCGGUCCCGGCGGCGGUCCCGGCGACGCGCUGGGCUCAGCGGCGGCGGGUGUGGGCGCGGCGGGCGUGGUGGUGGGCGUGGGCGGAACCGUAGGCGUGGGAGGUUGCUGCUCCGGGCCGGGCCACAGCAAGCGGCGACGUCAAGCCCCCGGGGUCGGAGCGGUUGGCGGGGGCAGUCCGGAGCGUGAGGAGGUCGGCGCGGGUUACAACAGUGAGGACGAAUACGAAGCGGCUGCAGCUCGCAUCGAGGCUAUGGACCCCGCAACCGUUGAGCAGGGGGAACAAAACACAGGACCAUUCCAAUGGAUUCCAGCGACUUCCUUAAAGCAGGAGCACUGGUUUGAAAAGGCCCUGAGGGACAAGAAGGGCUUCAUCAUCAAGCAGAUGAAGGAGGACGGCGCCUGUCUCUUCCGGGCUGUAGCUGACCAGGUAUAUGGAGACCAGGACAUGCAUGAGGUUGUACGAAAGCAUUGCAUGGACUACCUGAUGAAGAAUGCGGACUACUUCUCCAACUAUGUCACAGAGGACUUCACCACCUACAUCAACAGGAAGCGGAAAAACAACUGCCAUGGCAACCACAUUGAGAUGCAGGCCAUGGCAGAGAUGUACAACCGGCCCGUGGAGGUGUACCAGUACAGCACAGAACCCAUCAACACAUUCCAUGGGAUCCAUCAAAAUGAGGAUGAACCCAUCCGCGUCAGCUACCAUCGGAAUAUCCACUACAAUUCAGUGGUGAAUCCCAACAAGGCCACCAUUGGUGUGGGGCUAGGCCUGCCGUCAUUCAAACCGGGGUUUGCAGAGCAGUCCCUGAUGAAGAAUGCCAUAAAAACAUCAGAGGAGUCAUGGAUUGAACAGCAGAUGCUGGAAGACAAGAAGCGGGCCACAGACUGGGAGGCCACAAACGAGGCCAUUGAGGAGCAGGUGGCUCGGGAAUCCUACCUGCAGUGGCUACGGGAUCAAGAGAAACAGGCCCGCCAGGUCCGCGGCCCCAGCCAGCCCCGGAAAGCCAGCGCCACAUGCAGUUCUGCCACAGCAGCAGCCUCCAGUGGCCUAGAGGAGUGGACCAAUAGGUCCCCGCGGCAGCGGAGUUCAGCCUCUUCACCCGAGCACCCUGAGCUGCACACCGAGUUGGGCAUCAAGCCCCCUUCCCCAGGCACUGUCUUAGCUCUUGCCAAACCUCCUUCACCCUGUGCACCAGGUACAAGCAGCCAGUUCUCGGCAGGGGCUGACCGGGCUACUCCCCCCCUCGUGUCCCUCUACCCUGCUCUGGAGUGCCGGGCCCUCAUUCAGCAGAUGUCCCCCUCUGCGUUUGCAGGUCUGAAUGACUGGGAUGAUGAUGAGAUCCUAGCAUCGGUGCUGGCAGUGUCCCAACAGGAAUACCUAGACAGUAUGAAGAAAAACAAAGUGCACAGAGAUCCACCCCCAGACAAGAGUUGAUGGAGACCCAGAGACUGGAGACCAUCUCCCAACCCCCACCACUCCUGCCCUCCGGUGCCGACCCACCUUCUUUGGCUUUCUUCCCUCUUGCCUUCUUCCCUCUCUCCCUUCAUUUCCCUCUUCCCCACUUCCCUCUGGCUGACCCACCACUGCACCCCCUUUCAUCGCUGCCACCACCACCAUCACCCGUCUCUUUGCCAGCUGACGGGCCCUGUUGCCCCCUGCACAGCACCAUCCCUGCACUCCACAGGGGACUUGGGCAAGGGUGCCGAACAUAGGCGAGAGGCACACAGAGACAAACCAACUGGCAGCCAGGCAGUCCCCGAGGAGAAACAUUCAGACAGAGGAAAGUCUCCCUGCCCCCCUCACUCCCUGCCCUGUUUCUUCCAACUUCAGAAAAACUUGUUACCCCCACCUCCACAAUGAUGCUGGGAAGGUGCGAGGAAGAAGUGGGAAUUCCCUUUCCCAGUACCCCAAGAAUGUCUGAGCCUUCAAUGUUGAAUUUUUUCUUUAUUAAAAUGUACUUUUAUCUUAUAAAAUCAAUCAAUCCAAAAUGAUGUAGACAACAGCAUUGGCUCUGUGAAGGCGGCAUCUCUGGUUUGGGAGCAGGCAGGCCAUGGGCCACAGAGGGAGCACAAAGAUGUGGUUGCUGUCUCUAGCCUCCAGCUCUGUGGAGGUGGGCAGUGUCUAGAGUGCAAGCCGGGGCAGGGUGGGGGGCAGGGGGCCAGGUGUCAUAUGGGCUUUGGACACUGAGACUCUGACCUCGCUGCAUUCCUAUUGCUUCCACACCACCACCACCACCACCACUACCACCACCACCACUGGUCUCUUGGGAAUCUUGGGGUGGGAGGCACCUUUGAGGAUCAUGGCAGCCACCGCCUGCCCAGGAUUUGAGUGUGGGGAGUGGGAGCAGCCUCAACAGAUGAGGCACCUGUGCCCUGCAGGUGUUGACAAGAUCCACCAUCUGUAAUGUCCUUGGCACAAUAAAACCAAAUGUCAGUUUCCCCUGA